CGACCACAAUUUUCGAGGAUCCUACAACAUCUUGAGUCGAUAGGGGAUCUGACCAUUGGCGUUAUAAUUUCUUCCUUGCAUACUGUGCUUGACAAGUCGGUUUGGAGUGAGUGGGCCUGGACUUAUCAAGUAAGUGAUCUAUCUAAUUGGCUCUUGAUCGUUGCAAAGCCGCAGAUGUACUUCACAUGUCAACAUGGAUUCCCGUUCUUCGAAGAUACCAGAGCUGAGGAUGAAAUUCCUUCUGGAAUAGGCAGGGAAGGCCAAAUCUUCGGUUCAAAGGUCGACCCUGCAACAAAAUUCGAAGUGUAUGCCGAAACGGUCACUGAGUAUACUCGCCGAUAAAACUCUUUUCAUCAAGAUGGACUCAAUGCGGUAUCUGAAGUGCUUGGCCAACUCUGCUCCUGGUUCAGAGGCGAUUUUUUGUCAGGUUUACCGUCUACCGAGCUGGAUCCGGCGCUGUUAUGGUAUCCGUAGAGCAACAUGGUCCGUCGCACAGACCGAUGAGGCAACGUCUUAUCUCCUUCCUGGAGUUGGGUUGGCUGGGCGGGCCAAGUGGACUAUUGAUCCGGACCAGCCGUACCGGGGGUCAAGUGGAAGAUUCCUCACUCGUCUCCCCCGGCAUACUGUACUUCGGACGACCUACGACGACCAGCUGGCGACGAUAGUGCAGACUGGUUCCUCAAGAAUUGGUCAAAACCUGAAAAUUACAUCGGCGUGCGGCAUGGUCCUGGCGAGCUAUACGACAGUUCUUGGUUCGAGUGACAGGACUCUACAAACCUGUUCUUUCAUCCAGUAGCCGUUCAGGCCAAUAGACAUGGCCACCUGAGCCUCGUGGUUCAUAGCGACCUCCUCGAGUUAUAAGCAGUGGUCUAUACUAUGCGCAUCACUGGCGAUCACAGCGCUGACAGGGCUUGUUUGAGCGC